UUUUGCCCAGAACGUGCGCAAUGGACGUUCUCUUAUCGCAGGAUGUCGCGCUGCUCGUGUUUGCAUUUCUGGCGCCCGCGGACCUCCUCGUUGUCGAGCGCACCUGCGCCCGGUUCCGCGACUGGGGACCGAAAGACAUCCACUGGCGGCGCGCCUAUGCUGCCAUGUACCCGCGCUCCCAUCUUCGGCCAAGCGAAUCCGCGUCGUCGUGGCGCCACGUGUAUGUGACAAAACGUGAGCUGCUGCGCGCGUGGCGAGGGGGCGUACCCCGUCGCAUUGCGUCGUUUAGCGCCCAUAGCGACGGCGUCAACGCGAUCGCGGCGCAGAAAUUGCACGGACCAUCGAGUAACCUCUACGCCACGUGCGCCUUUGAUCGGCUCGUCAAAGUCUGGCGCAAACCAACGUCAUUGAAAGGCACCGAGCCAACGAGCCCCCUCAUGACCUUGGCUGGACACCAGCACGCUGUCUGGUCGCUCGCGUGGUCGCCACACCCGAACGAGCUCUUCAGUGCGUCGUUUGACAGCACGGUUCGCUGCUGGGAUGUCGAGACGGGUCAGAACGUCCGCGUCCUCGAGGCCGACGCCGAUCGGCUCUUGAGCAUGACGAUUGAAGCGUCGACGGUGUGGACCGGGUCGCUUAAAGGCGAGUUGCUGCAGUGGACGCGAGCAACGCCUAAUGCAAUCGCCCACCGAGUCCAGUGCAUGACCCCGUGCAUUUCAGCGAUGGCCAAGCACGGGCAUCGGCUCUACAUUGGUGGCGUCAAGGAUAUUGAGGUGUGGGACGAGCGGCGGCUUCAAACCCCAAUCGCGCUUCUCGUCGGUCACGACCAAGCCAUCAUGGACGUGGCGCUGCUCAACGACGAUCGUGUCAUCACGGCCAGCAAAGAUAGCUCGCUCAAGAUCUGGGACGCGUCCGGGAUCCAUCGCCACGCAUUGUUUGAUGUCCCGAACGCCCAUACCACAGCGGUGCGAUCGAUCGCGGUCUGCGACGACAGCGUUGCCACGUCAUCGAACGACUCGACGGUGGCGCUGUGGCAGGUUGGGCCCAAGACAGGCUUGAGAAAGCGAGAGACGUUGCACGUGCAUACGAAGCAAGUCCCGUCUGUCGAUGUCGACGAACGCUCCUUGUACACGGCGUCCUGCGACAGCAGCGUCACGAUCCACGACUUGGUUGUUGCGCCCGUCGCUUAAGUCACCCACGUUGCACUCUGCUCCUUUCCACACGUGAUAUUAAUACGAUGCCAUUACACUAGGA